AUGUGCCAGACCUCAUUUAACGAAGAAACCUUGCCAGCCACCCAGCAAGGCGGCCACAGUGGCCGUAAGCCGUCAUCAUCAUCACUCAACCUCAAUCAGGACACGGCGGCGGGGUGUGUAGUGGCUCGCCGCCGCCGGUUGCAGAGUCACGUCGAUGUGAACAACUGGACAAAGACUCGACAGGAGGAAGAAGAAGAGAAGGGUUUUGGACCAACCAGAACGACAGGCCAGCUUCGUCGUCCUCUGGUGCCCAAGCGACCGUCACCGCCAGAGCGCGUGCCCAACCCCCAGCCCGACAAGGCAGAGGCAGUGGUAGCGACAGCCCAGGCCACCACGCGCACAAGUCUCCGGGAGACCCAGAGGUGCCAACCGCAUCCGGCGUCGCAGCAGGGCUCAGGCCAGGGCCAGGGCUGGGGCCAGGAUCUGGACGAGAGCCAGAAUCAGAAUCAGAAUCAGGGCACCCACGCGCGAGGCCAGCAACUCCAGGUGCAGAUCCCGCAGCUUGACGUUGGGCUCGGUCAGGGAGAAGGACAAGCCUACUACGCCACACCAACCAUCUCAGCCCAGCCAUCGUCAGAGGAGAUAUCAUACACUUCUCCCUUUCACCAGCAGCAAGCAGCUGACGCCAGCAACCUGUACUAUCUCGCCCUGCUGCAGAACCAGAACCAGCUUCACCAGGAGCAGAAUUAUCAACUCGACAACCUCGGAUACCAGAGCCUCGACUAUCACGCCUCCUGCUGGUCGCCACCACCUCUUCCUCCAGCAUCAGCACCUCCUCCGGCAUCUCCACCGAGGCCACCACCCAGACGGCGCUUCCAGCCAACUGCGUCUCGCCGUCAGCAGAGCCUGUCCCACUGCCGGUCCAGCUCAAGCUCUAGUAGGCGUCUGCUGGCCUCUCGGUCUCCUGCAAGUCAGUCUGCGUCUGCCACUGGGAAGACCCCUCGCCAGCGGCUAGACCCACUACCACCACAGAAUCAGAGCCAGCAGCAGGCGUCCACGUCCACUCCUACGCCCACCGCCCACCACCGCCAUUCGCCUUUUCUUCCCCCUCCUCCACCUCAACCUCUUCCCUCUGCUCCCUCUUCUCUUUCUGCCUGUUCUGCCUCCCAGCAACAACCCACCUCAUCCCCCGUCUCUUCUCCCGUCCCCGUUCCGGCCUUUUCUUCCUCCUCUUCUUCCUCGUCCACGUCCAUCUCCGUCCCCUCAUCGUCGUCUCGUCGUCAAACCCCUCACUCGGUCGACUCAUCCAUAUCCCCUCAGAUCACAAUGUCGAGAGCAUCCCGGAACCAACACGCCCCCACCGGUGCUGGUGGACGACAGAACGAAUACUUUGUCCCUCGCGAUGGCAUCGAUCGUGAGGUUAUCUCUGCCGACAUCUGCCGCUACCUUGGUAACGACGCCCUCGUGCGUCCUGGCCACUACGAGAACCCACAGACCGGCCAAGUAGUCCAGGGCUACUACAUCACCGCCUACAGGAACUUGACAACAGCCAUGAUUGAAGAUCUCAAGGCAGACUCGGCUCGUUGGGAUAGUGAAAGGCGGGCGCAGACCUCGCGCAACACCUCCGGAGUGCAAUACCGCCAUUCCGAGACGCAUCAGUCGCGCCAGCACCACGGCCCGACCGAGGGUCCCUACCAGACCGACCCCUACGCCCGUGACUCAGGCUUUGACAACCCCAGGUACCCAGGAACGGGCGCUCCCGGUUAUACUGGCGCCGCCGGCUCUUACACGCAGGCCUAUGGCUCCACAAGUAGUGGUGCGUAUGCCGGCUAUCCUACGACCCAGCAGUCUCCCCCUCCGGCGGACACGCGAUACGGCUCUACUCCUGCCAGCGGCUCCGUCUUGAACCAGGCCUACCAGGCGGCCCAGGAUAGCUACAUGACCAUGGGCGCAAACCGCAACCAGAGGGGAUACGCCGGUGACCCGUAUGCUAACCAGAUGGCCACCUCAGCCGCCGCUGCCCAGCAGGCUGUCUAUGCCACUGCGGCACCCACGCAAGCGGGCUAUCCCGCCUCUGCUGCUCCUUACCCAUAUUCAGGUCAGGUUCCUCCUGCGGGUGCGUCGUCGUACGCGACGAUGCAGCCCCAGGAUCCCUUCUACGGUCGUGGUGCGUAUCAGAGGCAUACCCAUCCGCCCACUCGCCUUGAGAGCACAGUAACUGAUACUCGAGCGUCUUCCAGCAGGCCAAUCGACCCAACAAGCAUACGCAGCAGCCCAGGCACCACAUGGUUCCUCCAGCACCCGACGUAGUGAACGGGAAAGCGACAGGCACGCUUCCGACCGACACCACCGCUCCAGCCGCCGGUAA